CUUUGGUUUACUUAAACGUUGUGUCGCUCAAUACACGAUGCUUCCUUAGCCUACUCAGGGAAUUCCCGGACCUAUGACACUAGUGAGGAUCUCCUUUUAACAGUACCGUCGGUGUCCAACAAGACAUUGCAACCAUUGGUUGCCUCCAGGGGCGGGUCGCUGCUGAUAUGGGCUGUACGCCCAGCAUCCACGUCAGUCAGACCGGCGUCGUCUACUGUCGGGAGUCAGAAGACUCCAACUCGCCCCACCCGUCCUCCCUCAACGCCACCUUCCACGCGGCCCACGCCCACGUGAUCCGGGGCGACACCUCUGUCACGACGGUGGUCGGAGAAGAUCACGUGCUGACCACAACGACGACAGCCUGCACGACGUCCACGGCCAUCGCCACCGUGUCGUCCUCCCGCUCCUUCGGCAAGGCCAACAACCGGACCUCCAAUGCCUCGAACCCGGGCGGGCUAUGCGUCAGUCUAUCAGAGGCGGAGACACAGACAAGUCGACAGAGCAUGAAGAACUUGGAGCAUUUAGUCAAGUUUGGUCCAAUGCUGCUCAAGCAGAAAGCCAUGUCGGUCCUGCUGGUGUUUGGGAAAGAAGACGGCCAGUCUGACGGCUUCUGGUGGGCAGCUGAGAAGCUGGGGUACCGCUGCAACAUCGCUGGGACGCCAGAGAACGCCCUGGAGACCUACCUUAAGUACCAGUACGAUGUUGUUGUUAUUGACGCCAGGAGCGCACACCACAACAGCUUCGAUGCUGAGGCUCUCUGCAGGUCUAUCAAGGCGACCAAAGCCAGCGAGUUCACGGUGUUGGUGGCUGUCACGAAGCGAUACUGUGAUGACAAAGAGGAGCCGUCCAUUCUUCCUUUGCUGCAAGCCGGCUUUACCAGAAGGUACCAAGAAAACAGCAGCCUAUCCGCCUGUAUCAACGAACUCCAGACGCUGGAGGUGGGGGAGGUGAGGGCCAACCUGAAGCUACAGGCCUGUAACGGGCUGUUUAUGGCCAUGGAGAAUAUAGGGGAGGCGGUGGAGAUCACAAGCAGUGAGCAUGAGAUACAGUUUGUGAACCACGCCUACGAGAGGUUGUGCGGGUACACGAGUGAAGAUAUCCUGGGCCGAGACUCCAACGAGCUUUUCAGAUGUGAUAAAAACAGGGAGACCAUCGAGUCGAUCAACGGACAUAUGAAGAAGGGCAAGCACUGGGAGGGGACCUACUACACACGGCGGAAGAGUGGGGACACGAUCCCUUUCCACUGUAAAGUCACGCCGAUCCUGGGACCCGCUGGGUCCAUUUCUCAGUUUGUUUCUGUUAAAAGUCAUUCUACAGAGAGUUACAAUCAGGUUGUUAAUGGCAAUAUGAUGUCUUUUCCUAGACGACGUGAAUCUGUUGUUAGAGCCCAUUCUAUGACAAUCGAAGCUCCCAUAACAAAGGUCAUUAACAUAAUUAAUGCAGCCCAGGAGAAUUCGCCCCUGACUGUGGCUCAGGCUCUGGACAAAGUGCUGGAGAUCCUGCAGACAAGUGAACUCUACUCCCCCUUCCAGCACCAGGAGAUGGGGGAAAAUGAUGACCCUAUGGCCUCUGACCUUGUUGAAGGGCUUAUGUCUCAAAAUGUGAAAAGAAAGUUGUCUGGGCAUGACAUCCAAAGAGCCCUUCACCACAGUCAUGGCCAUCACCACAUUCCGUCCACUCCGGCCUGCUCACUCUCACAGAUACCGGAACCCAUCAUGAAUGUGCUCAAUCUAGACGUUAGCUGGGACUUUGAUAUUAUCACAUUAGAGAAACUUACAAAUAAAAGGCCGUUGCUACACUUAGGUCUGAAAAUCUUUGCUCGGUUUGGUGUGUGUGAGUAUUUAAACAUCAAUGAAACUUGUCUGGUCAACUGGCUGCAAAUGAUAGAGAGCAACUACCACGCCAACAACUUCUACCACAACUCAACCCAUGCAGCUGAUGUGUUGCAUGCCACAGCUUAUUUUCUAGACAGAGAGAGAUCCAAAGAGAUCUUUGACCAACAAGAUCAAGUUACGAGCUUGAUAGCUGCUGUAGUUCAUGAUGUUGACCAUCCGGCAAGAACAAAUGCUUUCUUAAUUAAUGAAAAACAUCAGUUAGCAAUCCUUUACAAUGACCAAGCUGUGCUAGAGAACCACCAUGCCAGUAUGUGUUUUAGAUUAACUCAUAAGGACCAAGCUGUUGAUAUAUUCAAAAACUUAAGCAGUGACGACUACAAAACUGUACGACAAUCAAUAAUUGACCAAGUGCUGGCAACAGACAUGAAGCAGCACUUUGAACAUCUCUCCAAAUUCACAACAUCAGUCACCAAACAUCUGCAGAAGCUGGAAGGGGACAACACUGAUGUGGAAGCUCAUGAAGCAGAUAUGAACACCAUUUUGUCAGAUUUAUCAUUGCACGAAAACCGGGUACUAAUUAAGCGUAUGAUGAUCAAGUGUGCUGAUGUCAGCAAUCCAUUAAGACCAUUACCGCUAUGUAAGGAGUGGGCUUAUAGGAUCGCUGAAGAAUAUUGCCAGCAGACGGAUGAAGAAAAGAGUAGAGGCUUGCCGGUUGUGAUGGCCCAGUUUGAUAGAAAGACAUUGAACAUCCCCAAAUGUCAAUUAGCAUUCAUUAACCUCUUCAUUACCACAAUGUUUGAUGCAUGGGAUGUGUACUGUGAUAUUCCUGAUCUGAUGCAUCACUUGCAGCUCAACUAUGACUACUGGAAGGCGCAAGAAGUCAUGGAAAAAGACCCGUCGGCCGGUCACAAUCUGGACAACAGUUAGCUUUCAGUUCUCCUUCUCCUUAGAACAAUCAGUUUACCUCAAAUGUUUGUACAAUUAUUGCUCAAUAGACAACUGUGUGAAUACAGUUUGAAAUCCUUUAGAAUGAAACAUAGUGAGAAGCUGCUGACAAGAUUGUGAUUUCUCAGGAGUGUGUGAAGUGAGUUAUCUCCCAUUCCAUUGAAGAAAGGGUUAUGAACUUUAUUUGAAGAUUAUUAAAAAAAAAAUAGCAUAAAGACACCUUAGAGAGGACUUUGAUCUCAGUUGAUUCGUGUAGGGAAAAUCUUGAAUUAUUGUUUGAUAUUUGACUAAAAUAGAGCUGAAGUUGGCUGACUGGCAAUGUUGACUCUUUCUGGUUACUACAAAGUGAAGUGGAUACAAAAUUUGACUUCAACUUCAAGCUAAUUUUAUUUAAUAUUAACUCAUGUUUCUUUGUUUUUCAACUGUUACCGGUAUUGUUUUAUAUUAGGUUAAGUGAUUGUAAUUUUACUUUAAAAUUUUAUCUAUUAGGAAUGUUUUUCUUCAACUUUAUAAAAGAACUUGUCAUAUUUUGUAAAAAAAAAAUGUUUAUUUGUCAAACUUGAAUUGAUAAAUAUCAAGAUGUAUUUAAUGUUAUUUUGUGGGUCUUCACAUAAACAACAAAACAACUUAGAAUAAGCUUUAGUUGUAUAGUUUAUGAUGUUGUUUUCAUGUGUUAUAGAAUUCUGCGAUGAUGGCGUCCAUGGUUAUCAAUAUUAUUUUUCAACUAUAAAGUUGAGUACGAAGUGUGUACAAAACUGAUGGCGGUUGAUAUUGUAUCAUGACUUAAAUUUUAUUUUGAAAUUUCAUUUAUUUAUGUACCUGUAUAUUUUUGUUGUACUUUAUAACCAAAAACAAAUUCUGCUUAGUUUUUCUAGCAAUGCAAAUGGUUUGCCAAGAUCUUAAAUUAACAAAAAAUUAUGUUUGACCCCAUUAUAAAUAAUUUUCUUUAAAAUUAAGCUUGGGCUCAGCUAUUUGGGUUUUCAUUACAAACAAAAGAAAAAAACUUUUCUUAUUUCAAACACUUUCAGCUGAAAACAGAACACAUUGUUUUGUAGUAAAAUAAAAUAAGGAUCUUCCAUACACUUGUUCUGUUCAUUGAAGCUUCCAAGUUUUUUUUUUCAUUCUUCCUAAGUAUUGUUUUCUAUAUUCUUCCAAAAUACAUUUCUCUCCUCCCCUGCUAAUCCUAAAUCUUCCAAGCUGACUAUUUUAGUAUUUAGGAACACAUCUACAUUCUACUGUUCUUUGUUUAUGUCUUAAAGUCAGACUUCGUCUUAAUUUUAAGACCAUCAUUUUAAAAAAGUCAUUUUGUGCAGAACCAAUUUGUAUGUUGGGGCUUAACCUCAGUAUACAAACAGGUCCCAUUACAAAGACAGUUACUUUUAAAUGAUCUGAUGCUUUAUAGCAGUCAAACCUAAUGCUUAUGUUGCUUUGAAAGUCAAAAUCAAAGCACGAGAACCUUAAGCAAGUGGUUUUAGUUUUAAAACUCAAAUUAAAGUUUUUAAAAUUUCCAAUGUGAAACAAUACUUAAUUAACUAAAGUUUCAGUUACAUUAAUUAAAUCUUAAAAUAGAAAAUUCAUCCAUGAUUAUUAGUUCACCAUAUUGAUAAAAUUAAGCUAAUAAUUAAAAAAUGAGUCAGUAGGCUAUAUGAAAAUGUAAACUAUUAUGCUGAGUAGUGUAUGAUUUAUGCAAAUUGUUAUAUAGAGUUGUGACCCUUUUUCCUGCCUCUUUUAAAUAGAAAAAUAAAUAAGAUACAGAGUAUUAAUGUUAUCACUAUAUUAGUCAUAAUUUAAACAGUAAACUUUUUAAUGAUGUAUGAGAAAUCUCUAACUACUUUGUUGAGUGAUUAAACUGCUAUAUGUUGGUCUCUAAGGUUGAGACAGUAGUUGAACUCAUGACAUUUUAAACUAAGCUGGUCUAAUGACAAAUGUCACUAAUGACAAAUUUCCUUAACCAUAGCUGUACUAAUAGUGGUAAAUGUCACUACAGCAGGACUAAUGACAAAUGUCAUGAACUAUAGCUAUACUAAUUAUGAAUGUCACUACUUUUUGACUAAUGACAAAUGUCACUAACUAUAGCUAUAUUAAUUAUGAUUGCCACUACUUCUGGACUAAUGACAAAUGUCACUAACUAUAGCUGUACUACUAGUGAUAAAUGGCACAAACUGCCACUGUAAUAAUAACAAAUGUCAUGACUAGAGCAGGACUAAUGACAUGUUAUGACCACAGCUGUACCAACGACAUGUCACAACUAAAGUUAGAGUAAUGACUAAUGUCACAAAUUACAACUAGCCUAAUGACAAAUGUCAAGACAACAGCUGGUCUAAUGACAACUGUCACACAACUUCACGUGGCUGAACAAAAUUGGUCUGGCCAUUACGUGGUGUGAAUGCAACUUACUGUACAGCCCUGAUAGAGCCUGGAUGUAUCAUUAACAUACUGUAUAGUAGUCCAUUUUUGUAACUAUCUUACAUUGAUAUUGUUUUUGUUUUUAAACUUUAUUUAAAAAUAUAUGUCCACAACUGUGAUUAUUGUACGAUGUGAAUUUGUAGCUGCUUAUUCAAAUUAGUUUCUUUUAUAAAAAUGUUUUUGUCCUAAUAUAAAAAUUUCAUUGAAUGGGCCGUUAUAUUAAGUAUAACUAGAUAAUGCUGUGUAUUGAUAAUAUAGCAGCUAUUUGCUUCCCAUAAGGCAGAUCAUGACAGUUAGUCUUUGGUGCCAUUCAGAAAACCUGUUACAAACAAUUUAUGUGAAUUUGUGUUAUAAAUAUAUAAUCCCGUGCACCUUAGAAACAAAACAGCAACAUUAAACUUUUAGAGUACUUUUCCCAGAUGUUAAUUUUCCAUCAUUUCUGAUUCACAAUUCUUUCUUAUUAUUAAUUUUGUAAAUUAUUUUAAAACUUAAAGAAUACCAAAUUUUCUUAAAAAAGAUUUUUGGUUUUGAUACCCUGUAACAACUGGGUGAAAUUUAGGCUAUUACUCAUUAGGUAAAUAAGAAAAAAAUGUAUUCUUUGAAAUUUUGUCAACUUCUUCAACAUUAGACUUUGGUAAGUAGUUACCUCUUAGACUAGGCACCAACACAAAACGAGAGUUGUGACUACCACGCCAGGUUGUAACUGGCAUCGAUGGCCUUAUGAGACUUAAAUCACUGUUAUGGCCAGAUGUCAAAGAAGUUCAGUGUUAACCAACAAAAACUUAAGAUACAAAUUCUCAAAAGGAAGAUUUUUUUUUUUUUAAAUUUAACUUUCACCUCAGUAUUUUGUAUAUUACAGAAUCCUACUAACCCUUGAUAUUAGAGAUGCUCAUUAGCUAAUGACAGAUUUUGAAAUUCUUAUGUGGUUAUGCUUAGGAUAUUUACAGAUAUGCAGUUAAUACAUUUUUGACAAACCAACUAACUGUCCAUGGGAGGAGUUCUUUACCCCUUUACAUUGUUUAAUCAGGCAUCAUCAAUGUACAUAGAUUUUUAAAAAUUAUAGUACUUAUAAAAUAAUUAAACAAAUCUUCUAAUUCUACUGUAUAAAAACUUAAUUUUGUAAGAUUUAUAUUCAAACUUAAGUGUGAGUGAUGAAUGUUAGAUGCAUCAUCUAACUGUAGUAAAUGCAGAAUUUUUUGCAAGAUAAAAUUUUAAAAACUAUAUAUAUUGAUUACACAAAGAAAUUUUUUUAUAACAUGGUAACUAGCCGUUCUCUACGUCUGUUAAUUUUCUACCUAGGAUACACUGUUUUAUAAAUAUGUCCCUGUAUGACCCAUGUUCUGUGGCUACGUGUACGUACUAAGAAUAGAUGUUAUGCCAUGAUCUCAUAUUUUAAUAUUGUAUGUGUUAUUUUAACUACAGCUACAUGUCAAUGAGUUUAAACUUGUUUAUUUACAUUUUUUUAAAUUUGUAAAUGAAUUUUUUUUUCUGUUAAGGCCAUUUUGUAAUAUAUUUUUUGUACUAGAUUGAGGUUUACAAUUAACUAAAAAGCAUGGUCAAAUGAUUAUUUAGAAGUAACACGUAAUAUUUUAAAAAACUAAAAUACUUUUUUUAGUUAGCACUAAAUUUGCUAAAAAAUUAAGCUGAUCAUCCUAGUUUGAAACAUUAACUCUCAUGCCCACAACCACUUGUACAUUUCUUCCCCUUGAGUACAAUUUUUUUUUUAAUUCUUUAGUUAGAACCUAAUGUAUAGUUAUUUACCAGUUUGCUGAGUUUUAGUUAUAUCUUUUAAAUAAUUUAGGAUCUGAUGUGUUUUGUUAAUUUCCAGAAUGAAGAAAAAAUAAAUUACUAACUGUAAUUUAUGCAACCAACUUUCUAAAUGUGGCCUACGUGUCAGUAGGUGAAGAUAUACAGGGCAAAAUGUGAUAUGUUAAUUAGGUCAGACUUUGUGAUAUUAUCAAAGGAUUUGUUCAUGUGUAAAGUUGACUGCAGGAGUUUUAACAUAUUUUCUUUACUGUAAAGUUGUCUGUUAAAUGUUUCUUUCCUCUUGGUCAUGUGACCUAAUAGUUUCCGUUUCUUCCUCUACUGCUGUCCUUUUAAUUUAAGUUCUGGUGGCAACAGUUUCCUUUAUUAUCAUGUUUGCUGUAGCUUUAAACCAAAUCUCUUGUGAUAUUUGUUUUGCCCCACUGGAACAGAAGCUAUAGGUUCCAUACUAACUGAUCCCUAACUUAUUAUUAAUCCUUACAAAUAAAACAUUUUUUUUAAGUUGGU